AAGCUCAGUGCAAUUUCAAAGAUUAGCGGUUGCGUUCCUUGUUAACCUCUUCUGCCCUCUCCUCGCUUGUCUCCUCGCAACAAAGAAACGCAGACUCCUCGAUUCCUCGUGGCUUGGCCGUGGCGCCUUUCUUUUGUCUUGACUAAGUGUAAGUGAGUGGAAAGUGUGGUGAUUCUCAACGUGAAUGUGCAAUUUUAAAGCUUACUGCCCUAAUGUCUAGAGCUGCUAAAAUAAUCGCGGCUGCCCUCCUAGAAGAUAGCGUGGAGCACGAUACCGAAUCGGAUGAGGCUUUUUCGGAUGUAGAUCCCACUUACGAAUACGAAAGUGACACAAGUAGCUGCCCGUCUGGAGUUUCGGAGAGGACAAUGGCUUUAUUAAUGGAUUCUCCACCGUCUGGUGCCAAUGCUCCCCUAAAAGAACAUCUUGUGCGGGAGCUGGGCAGUCGCAAAGCAUUAUUUGGUGAAUCUAGUGAAUCUGGUGAAUUCUCAAAUGGUGCUGGGCCAUCAUCUGCAACCACAAAGAAGUCCACUUUACAGCAGAUGUUGACCCAUUCAUCUGUGCUUAAAGAUAUUACUGCCACUGAACAAUUUAAUAGUGAUGGUUCCAAUACCUUAUCUAACUCCGCAUCGAAUAUGUCUAUUUUACAACAGACGUUUAGCCGCUCAUCUGUGACUGAAAAAAGUGAGGCCCAAAAACAGUCUAAGAACGCGGAUUCAGAUACCUCAAUCGAAUCCUCUGUUGAUCAAGUGUUCAAAAGUCCCUCUGCCCGACAAACUUCGACUCCUGUUGAGAGCUCUCCCGCUAUGGCUUCGACUCCUGUUGCAAGCUCUUCUGAAAUGACUUCGACUCCUGUUGUGAUCACUUCAUCCAUUGCCUCGACUACCCAAACAGUCUCCUCAGUACUUAUAACUACCUCUACUCCUCCGACAACUAUAGUUGCUUCUCCUAACUCUAGUAUUUCUCCGAUAGUAUUUACAGUACCAAGUGCACCUAGCAGUUGUAGUAGCAUGAGUAGUUUAGCUAGUAAUGUAGCCACCACAGUCUCAGUUUCCACAGCUGAUGUUUUGCCUCUCAUGUCAACCAUUUUGUCGACAUCAUCUAUUCCAUCAGGUAGAGUCAUUUUGAAUGAUGAUGAUAAUGAUGAAAAUGGAAUUGACUUAUUUAAUCUGGUUGCAAGUUGGGUCCGUAAACACUUAGUUAGAUCAACUGAUGGACUUGGAAGGAGUGUACUGCUAUACUAUGAUACGCAUAAGACUUUAGAUGAUGACAAAAAAAGAUGCCAAUUGGCAACAAUCCUUGUAAAUGCUGAGCUGUUCGAAGAUCCAUCACACAAGAUCUCGUCUCUCCGCUUUCUCAGUAUUGCUUCAGCAAUAUGUAAAUGCUUCCCAACGGAGAAUGAGAGCACAUACUAUAUACCAUAUGCACCAAAAGAUGGUUUAGGAAAGAAACAUAAUGCGAAGGGAAAGCUUUAUGAUGCAUAUAAGCGUAUAAGACGUACUUUUAUGGCCGAAGGACUCAUUCCUGGGACGAAGAAAAGGAAAAGGAUUGAAACAAAUGAAGCUACUUUUAUUGGAAAUAGAGGUGUAAAUGAGGAUUUACUGUAUCUACAAAACAGUGGUGAGCAUUCUUCGGAGCUGAAAGAAAAAAUAAAGCGCACUUUGGAAGCCAGGAGACUCAUUUUCCAGCAAGAAGGUAGCCGCCAGCCCUCACAAGUAGGGAGAAAACAGGAAUUUGAGCCCA